CAUGCAGGGAGAUAGAAGCUGACAUCCGGGAGAGUGCCUCGCGUUGUCCUUUCUAAAAUGGCGGACACUGGAAAAAAGGGAAAAAAGAAGAAAGGAAAGACAUUGAAUUUGACCGAGUUCCUCAGUGAUGGAUCAAGUCAACCAGCCUUGCCCACAGCAUCACAAGGUGCUUCACAUGGGAACUCUCCCUUCAGAUCUUCGAGCUGGGCUGAUGAAGCCGAUGGUUCUCUUAACAUGGAUGGAGACAUAAAAUGGCAUGAUGACAGUCGACGCUCAGUCAUGGAUCGUGCAGCCCUCCCUACAGCUCCCAGGUCAUCCCGUCCGACUGAGGUGGAUUUGUCCAAGAUCCCCGAUAACCCUCCAUUCACUGCUUUCCUUGGAAACCUUCCUUAUGAUGUGGAGAGGGAAGAUAUUCUUGAAUUCUUCAGUAGUGUAAAGAUAACUGCAGUGCGAUUGCCCCAAGACAUGGGUGGUGGGCGUGCCAAGGGCUUUGGCUACGCAGAGUUUGAGGAUAAGGCCUCCCUUAUCCAAGCACUGGAUUUGAACAAUGAGAGUCUCCGGGGUCGGAAAGUGAGGGUAGAUAUAGCUGGCCAUCAACAAGGUGGAGGAGGCAGUGACUCAAGGAGUGAUAGGCGCCGUGAAGGCCCAGAUGUAUUUGAUACUGACUGGAGAAGCCGCCCAGAUCCUAAUCCCCCUAGGGAGGAAAAUGGCUACUCCAGAGAGGAUCCUUUUGACAGACCCCGACAAGACCCUCGUGACAGCGGAUUUGGUCGCUCUCAUGAUGGCGGCUUUCAUGAGGAUCGUUACAGAGGUUCCCGUGAGGGUCGUAAUGGAGGUUCACGCGAGGAUAGUUACGGAGGUCCACGCGAGGAUCGUUAUGGAGGUUCACGCGAGGAUCAUUAUGGAGGUUCACGCGAGGAUCGUUAUGCAGGUUAUGGUGGUGACCGAUACCGGGAAGACAGAGGAUUUGGUGGAGGCAGAGAUCGUUACUAUGACAGAAGAUAUGACAAUAAUCGCUACGACUCUCUAAAUGACAGUCGAAGGACUGGAGAUCGUGGUUAUAACGGCUACAGAAGUCCGGACGAUUAUUAUGACCGUCGUGGAAGAGACCGUGGAUAUGAUGGCAGAGAGCGUGAUGCCAGAUAUAGCAGUAGAGGUGACAGCUUCGGCGAUAAAGGUGAAUCCAGUUGGCGUAGCGAUGGAGGAGGUGAAUUUGGUGGGAGGGGCGAUCGCGACCGCAGUGACCGCUAUGAUGAUCAUGGCGCUGACAGAAGGGAUGCACCUAAAGAGAGGCCUAGACUUCAACUGCAACCACGUACCAAACCACCGGAGGAGACUAAAGAGGCACCAGCCGAAUCAAGAAGCUCUGCGAUAUUUGGUGGAGCCAAACCAGUAGACACAACGUCAAAGGAGAGAGAAAUCGAGGAAAAACUUGCCAAAGCAAGACUUGAAGAGGCUAGACAAAAAGAAGAGAGAGAAAGACACAAUGAACGUGACGAAUGGAAGCGGGCUGGUGGUGAGCACAGAGGAAGACGAGACAGCAACAGAUCCAGCGAUGGAGACAAGCAACACCCUCGGCGGGACAGCGAGAAGUCUACAGAAGACAGAGUCAGGAGGAUAAGUGCAGAUGAGGCCAAGCCACCUACAUCUAAGUCAUCGCCUCAAGAAACUCCAGCUCCGGCGGUGAAUGUUUGGGCGAAAAGGAUGGAGGCUCAGAAAGGUGGUUUGCCUGAUGAUGGCAGCGCCACAGCCGAUAAAGCAGACGCCCAACCACUAUCCCCAACUGGGGUCCAAUGCAAGGCAAGGGUUCCAGCCAGAAGCGAGGCUGAAGGACGGGACGGCCCGGGCUCUGCAGGGCGGGGUCGAGGAGGUGCAAGGGGAGGCAGAGGGAGAGGUAGAGGGAGAGGAGAUCAUAUCAACAAAGGUGUUAGACCAAAUGCAAGUAAGGACUCUACUGUUGGAGGUGCCAAGGAGGAGAGGAAAGAGCGCAAAGAGAGAAGACCUGCAGAACCCAAGAAGAUUGGCGAGGACUCUGCCCCGGUGUUCCAUCAACAGAGCAAAUUCUCGUUGCUGUUGGGUGAUGAGGCUGAUGCAGACGAGCAAGAGGAGGAAGAAUCUUAAGAGUAUCCCACUAGCCCAUGAGUAGCUUGCGACCAAUCGCCCUCGUGUGACCAUAUCUGCCAAAAUAUUUACAAUUGCUUUUGUAUGUAUUUCGGUCAACAGCUUUGAAUUAUCAUUGGAGGUUUUUAUUGUCCCGUCGCCAGUAUUUCUGUUUUCCAUUGCUCCACUUACUUACCGGGCUUCAACACAAGGGGAGAGGAGGCCCAAAUCAGUAAACCCAAAUAUCCUCGAAUCACAAACAGGAAGAGUUUGUAGUAUUCAAUAACGUGGAGCGAAUAUCGGUCCUGUGCCGUUUUAAUUAUUUUCAUGAAUUAUUUUAACUGGUUUCGCCUUUACUCGUCCAAUUUUUGAGUCGUUGCUGCGAUAAAACACUAUCGUCCUUUUGUACCACGCUGUGUAUGAAUUAAGAUGCCCCGCGGUCAUUUAUGAACUAUUACGAUGAUACUCUAUUACGGCGAACCGCUUCCGUAAAAAAUGGCUUCCAUCGAGCCAUCUCACUGGUCAAAAAAAUGUUGCCAGAAAGCUGUUGUCAAGAGUUUGCAUUGUACCCAAAGUCACUCGUAGCGCAUGCGCGUACUGAAGCGUUAUCACACCCUGCAAGUUUUGUAAUGUGUCGGGUCUUAAAAUAAACUAGCAAAGAUGUGG